GUUUUUUCUUUUAUAACCCCUAAUUCUCAUAAAUUUUAAAUUUUUUAUAAUUCAGCCGCGUUGCUUUUUGCCUACAAAGUCUCAAAUAAAUAGAUUCCGAUCCAACUGCCCCUGAUGUUAUUAUUUGAGUGAAGACCCAAAAAUACUACAUAAAUACAACAAAUAAUGAUAGAAUCCAUAUACUUAUGAAUUUUUCUUUCUAAAACUACAGUAUUCAUUUAUACUUAUUCCGUUUUUAUGUUUCACAUUUUCUGGCCAGCCCCAAUAUUAGUACCAUUUAUUCUUCAUGUAUUAUAUAUUUACUUAAAAUAAAUUCACACUAAAAUGAUAAAAUCUGACGAGGAGAAUCGACCUCCUGAUCAAGUUGAAGAUGAUAUUGAUUGGGAUGAUGAGUUUAUGUAUUUAUUGAGGGUAAAUGACCUAGAAUCGGCUAAAGAGGUUCUGGAAAGGAGACUUGUAAGGGAUUUAAAUUAUACAAAUGAAGAUGGAAACACUGCUCUUCAUUAUGUUUGCGCUAAUAACUUAGAAGAGGCAGCAAUUUUUCUUUUAAGGGAAUGUAAAGUGAACUACACAGUUUACAACAAGUGUGGGAAUUCGCCCCUUCAUUGGAUUGUUCAAAACAAGGCCCUUAAUACAUUAAAAGUUCUCUUAUGGCAUGAUUACAAGGUCAAUGAAAAUAAACCUAACUACUCUAAGUACACACAUAAAUUCACCUUUAAAGAAUUAACGUCCAAAUUAAGCAAGGAAACUCUGGAACACUAUAACAUUAAAGAUUAUCCUGAAGAUUACAGUAAGGUUAACGAAAUUGAUAUCAAUAAAAAGAACGAGUUUGGGAAGAGCGUUUUGUCAGAAGCUUUCGGAUCUGAAAAUCUGGAAUUUCUCCAAUUGAUACUGGAACACCCAAUUUCUGCUAUUUUGGAUCAAAAAUCUGAAAAUGCCACUGAAGGAGAUAUUGAAACUGACAGGGAAGAUUAUGUAAUUCACGAAUUCCAGUUUAUUAAUAAAAGUAUCUCUGACCAUGAGAAACCUGAAAACCUUAGUAGUGAUGAAAAUAGGCAUGAAAAUGAUCUCUCUACAGAAUCAGAACACAAUGUUAAUAAUAAUGAUCUUGAAUCUAAUAAAGGAAGUUUAAAAGUUAAAAUUAAGGAAAUGUGUAUAAAGGAUGAUGAUAUACUGAACGCUGAAAAUAGCGAACUGGAUGCUUCCGGAUUGAUAAUUUGGGAAUCGAGUGUAAUAGCUUCAUUUUGGCUCAGUAUGCUUGCUGGGUCGAACAAUUAUUCAGGGCUUAAUGUUCUAGAACUUGGUAGUGGAUGUGGUCUAGUAGGGAUUGCUUUCAAAGUAGCCUGCCAGUACUAUAAUCAGCCUAUAAAGUUAACUUUAACUGAUUAUAGCGAUAAAACAGUAGACAACCUUAAGUAUAAUGUCGAAUUAAAUGGAUUGAAAGAUGAUGUGUGUGUAUCGCAGUUAAAUUGGAAGCUAUAUGAUAAGAUGCCUGAUAAUGAAUUGUAUGAUUUGAUAAUCGCAAGUGAUUUGAUUUACGAUGUUAAGUUGGUUGAGUACUUGGCAAACGUAAUCAACAGAGUAUUAACCCCAAGUGGGACUUUUUUGUACACUUACAAGACAUCUAGAAAUGGGUCAACUGAUUUUCUAAACAGAUUAAGCGAGUUUGGGUUUCAAAUCGAGAUACAACAGGUGCCCAAAAUAUGCCAACAAAACCCAUUUGUAAACAAGAAUAAGGAAUACUGUUUAUCGUUUUUUCCGGACCUAGUCUCUGAUGAUUAUAUGUUAUUAAUAGCUACCAGAACACCCCAUGUGUAA